AACACAUUUGUAUUAAAGAUUAGUGGCCAAAUCAAAGAAAAAGUAAAAAAAAAAAAAAAAAAAAUUGGAUCUGCACUAAAAACUAAGAUGCUGAAAUGAUUUUUUUUGUUUGUUUUGCGCUAUCUCUUCAUGCUGCUAUUGAAGCAUCCUUAUUCCAGGUCAAGUCUUCUGGGUAUUGUUUUUUGUUUGCGCAAAUAUUUGAGAAAAAAAGAGAAUUUGUUGGUGGCUGCACAUCUCUAUGCUGGUCUUUUAUUUUUAUACAGUUUGCGCUUUCAUUUGUAACAUUUUACAUUACACUUUUUCCAUUUCAAAUUAGACAUGCUGAUUGGUUUAAAAUCAAGAUAUGUUUUUGGACUUAUACAUGUGCUGCUAUUACCAAUGCAGUGAUAUUCACCUGGGGAUUUUAUUAUGUUUGCAACUCUUUAGAGCACACACCAAGAUGUACAGACGAGGCUGUGUUUAAUUUAGAGUUUAAGUAUUUUACUCCGAAGUAUGUGGAUGGUGGAAGGUUUGUUUCUGUAUUCUUUAGAAUCAUUAUAUCAGUUUGGUCGAACAUUUUUUUAUGGUUUUUGUUUUGUUGGUUGAGCUUCAAAAAUAAACAUUUUAAUGCUAUAUAAGUAUAAUUCAUGCCAACCAAGAAAUGUUAAGCUUCGAAAAAAAAAUAAUUUAAGAUGGAAUGUCCACAUCUAAAUAUGGAUUUGCAAAGAUCUAAAUAUGGAGUUGCAGAUUUUUAAUAUAGAGUUGUUCUUUACUUACUUUUUAACUUUCGAAAAUUACGAAAAACAGAGAAGUAUAGAUAUUUUCACGCACACGCAAGAAAACACACGUAGAAGAGAUACGCAUACAUAAAAUUCAUCUGUAUUUAUUAGCUUUUAUCUAAAAAAAAUAUUACUUUUUUAAAAACGAAAAUAAAAAAACUAUUAAUUUGUAA